AUGGCGCCCGCGGCGUUGCGGCUUCUCGUCAGAUUCAUUCGCUGUGCACACAAGCAUUCCACAUCAUCUCCCCGACCAAUCACGUUCUCCCUCCAACCACACGUCAUCGCGUCCACGUCAGCCUCAGCCACGUCAUCAGCCGCCAUGGCUUCUGGCUCUAGUAGCGGCACCGCUGUCCCUGUCCCCGCAUCUGACGGCGGGGAAGCCGCGUCGUUCCGUCAGAUGACUCCCGAGGAGCACUGGUGGUGGGGCACGCCGGAGCGCCUUAUGACUAACUUUCACGGCCAAUGGCGAUCGUGGAAGCCGCUCGAAUCAACGGAUGAGAACCGAUCCAUGAAAUCCGUGCGGAAGAUGUGGGCCACGUCACCUGAUCGCACCAGUAUCGCCCACGUGAACGACUGGUACGACUAUCAGGGCGAGAUGCCUGCAUACAUGCCCAAGGUGGGCGUGCAGUGGGACAUGUCGCUCGCACAGCACAGCCUGCCAGACGGCUUCUGCCACGUGGCAGCCAGCAACUCGCGCCGCUACGUCGUGAGCCGGCGCGCGGAGGGCAUCUGGGCGCCGAUUGAGGUGGCGGAUGGGGCAGGAGGCAUGAAGCUGCCUUUUAUGAUCGAAUUCUUCUUCGCCCACUCAACCACGUCCCGACUCGGCUGCAGCAUUCAGUACGAAGCAGACGGAGCCUUCAGAACCUCAGUGGCAGUAGAAGAUUCGCUAGACACCAACGAACGCCGCCCGGCAGACUGGGUCUCGCCCACGUGGGGCCCGGGCGGCCUCUCGUCCAGUCUGCCCGACCACCUGCCGCCCGUUCCGGCACUAGAUGACAAGACAGUGGUGGGAACCCGCACCGUUCUGACCCGGAAUCUGAUGAUUCAGGAGCGAGAGAACGUGUCCUGGGCAGAGGAAUGGAGCCCUAACAGUGCUGCUGCUGCUGCCGCUGCUGCACCUGCCGCAGCAUCUGCGGCGGCGGCAAGGUUUAUGGGGAGGGUGCCUCAAGGGGACAAGGAAACGUACGCGGUGUUUGCUCUGCCCCAGGGGGUGGUGAUGUGUGCCCCUCGCUCGCUGCAGCUGGUGGCAGGCAGGCCGUUCGUGCUGUCGGCGACGUGGGUGGUGGGCGCAGGGCUGGUGGGAGAGGGGGAGGUGAAGCGGAUCACAGCCUACUGGGGGGCUGAUGGGGGCUUUGAGAAAGUGGAGGGGGAGUGGUACAGGAGACAGGCGUGUAGAGGAGAGCUCCACAGCUGCUAG